AUGCCCGUACCUACCAUUCCACCCUUCCCCGACGAUGUGCCCGUUGUACCGCUCCUCGUCAUCGACUACAAGCGCAUCGUCGAACGCGAUGAAGCAGAGAUUGAGCGCCUGUGGGAGGCCGCGACGAAGCUCGGUUUCUGGUACUUAAAGAACCAUGGUGCUGAUGAGGAAGUAGACGGUAUGUUCGACAUGGGCGCCGAGACGAUGGCGCUCCCGCUCGAAGAAAAGAAGAAGUUCGCGCAAGUCGACGAGGGCAUAGCCAUAUCGUUCGGAUACAAAGCCGCCGGCUCAACAGCAACCGACUCCUCCGGCGCGCCCGACUUCGUCGAAUUCAUCAACAUCUCCCGCGACGACGCGCUCUCGUACCCCACGCCCACGCACCGCACCUACCCCUCCACCGUGAACGCGCGCAUGCAGGUCACGAUCAGGCCGUUCAUAGAGAAGAGCAACGAGGUGAACGAUACGCUGAUUGAUGUGUUGAAUGAUAGGCUAGGCUUGCCGAAGGGUGAGCUGGCGAGGAGGCAUGAUGUGAGGGAGAAGAGCGGGAGCGAGGGGAGGGCUAUAAGGAAUCCGCCGAAUAUGGCGUAUACGGCGGAGAAGGCGGUGUUGGGGUCGCAUACGGACUUUGGGUCGUUGUCGUUCUUGCAUCAUCACCAGCUUGGAGGAUUGCAGGUUCUGCCUCCUGGAUCUAAGCAGUGGAAGUACGUGAAGCCCGUCCCGGGCCACGCCAUCUGCAACAUCGGCGACACACUCGCGAUCUUCAGCGGCGGCAUCCUCCGCUCGAACAUCCACCGCGUCGUCCCACCCCCGAAAGACCAAGCCGCCCACGAGCGCUGGUCCGUAGUCUUCUUCACCCGCCCCGGCGAAUCUCAACUCCUCCGACCUCUCCAGUCCGAGUCCGCGCUCAUAGCCGAAGCGGCCAAGAACAGGCCCGAGCUGUUUACGGACGCGACGGCGGGAGAGUGGUAUGUGCGCAGGAUCACGAACCAGAGGCUUAAGAAUAGGAAGGGGCCCGAGACGUGGGCGGCGAGUCGCGGGACGGAGUAUGAUCCUGAAAAUGACGAGGUUUAUUGA